GCAAAGAAGAUCCGUUCAUAAUCCAUGCAAAAGCGCGGAUGAUCUAUCCUAAGUUAAAACUUUGCUUCAAACGUAAGCGAGGGAGCGGUUUAAGGUCUGCGUACAACCUACGUACGUAUGUGCUUAAACUUGAAGCUACUCGUUUCAUCUCCUGCUCUAUAUAUAUAACCUCCAUUCCUGGCAUGGAGGGCCCCUUACUUACUUCUUCUCACAUAUUUCCACUCUUCUCACAAUUUAGAUCCCACACGUUCUGGCCUUCUCAGAAUAUACCUUUCUUCCAAGAAUUAUUUCCAGAAUGUCCAACUUUUGCUUUUCUCCUUUUAGCUCUACUUCUCUCAGCCAAACAUCUGGCAGCAGUAAUCUGUUUGGAACAACUUCGUCAGCUCAGUCUCCUGUGUCAAUAUCACCUUCUUUCGGCGUUCUCACGCAGCCAUCUUCUAUCAACAAUUUUGGCUGGGGAAGAGGGAAUAUAUUUGGUGGGAAUUCUACAGGUGUUUAUGGAACAACUUCAGCUCCAUCACAAUCUCUGCCAAUAACAUCUACCUGUGCUGCUCUCAGCCAGACAUUUGGCAGCAGUAAUCUAUUUGCUGGGAACUCUACUGGUUUGUUUGGAACAACUUCGUCAGCUCAGUCUCCUGUGUCAAUAUCACCUUCUUUCGGCGGAGUUCUAACACAGCCAUCUUCUACCAACAACUUUGGCUGGGGAAGAGGUUAUGUAUUUGGUGGGAAUUCUACAGGUGUUUUUGGAACAACUUCAGCUCCAUCACAAUCUCUGCCAAUAACAUCUACUUGUCCUCCAUUUUCAUCUUUUCAAAGCCAACCAAAUGCCAACUCUCCUUUCCCUUCUUUUCAUUCUUCAAACCUUUUCUCUCCUCAAACUCAAACACAGAACAGUGGGCUGACACCAUUUUCAUCAUUUGCCAGUAAACCGAAUGCUAAUUCUUCAUUCGCCACUCUUCAAUCGAAUCCGUUUUCAACUAAACCAAAGGCCAGCUCUCCUUUCCCCUCAACUAGUUCAAAUUCCCAUUCUCCCUUUUUCUCAGUUCAGCCAAAUCCGUUUUCUUCCCAUAAUGAAACCAACAAAGGAGCCUGGGGAUUUUCACAAUUUCCUGUCCAGCCUAAUUCUAAUUCUUCUUUUCCCUCUGUAAGCCCUAAUCCGUUCUCUAAUCAGCCUCAAACCACUGGAUUAAAUGGAUUUAAGGAUUGUUCUAGCAGCCAAUCGAAUUCCAGUUCUCCUUUUCCCGCAGUUCAGCCAAAUCCGUUUUCUGCUCACAAUCAAAGGAUUCAAAGCAACAUAGGAGUUUCUGGAUUUACACAAUCUUGGAACCAGCCUAAUCCCAAUUCUGCUUUUCCUUCGGUUAGUUCAAAUCCAUUUUCUAUUCAAACUCUAACAAGUGGAUUGAAUGGAUUUGUGAAUUGUUCUAGCCAGACCAAUGCUAAUCCUUCAAAUCCAUUUGCCCCUCAAGCAAUCCCUACACCGACACCUUAUUCUUCUACUAAAUUGCUGGAUGAUGGAAAUUGUAAAUCCAUUUCUGCUAUGCCAAUUUAUGCAAAUAAAAGCCAUGAGGAACUCAGGUUCGAAGCCUACCAGCUUCAACGCAAAAAAGAUGGAAAAGGAACACUACCACAGGCUGAAAUUGGUGGAUACUCUCUGGUUCCUCCAGCAAACCCAACCAUCACAAACUCAUUUCCUGCUGUUGUUUCUUCACCAUUCAAUCCUCAACCAACAUUUUGGGGUCCUAUUCCACCAGUGGAUGCUCAACCAGUUCCUUCAAACCUAAUCCCUCAACAGAAACCGCCAUUUCAUUCUUCUUCUUCUUCUUCCCCCCUCUGGUCUUUAACAACUCCAUCAGUAAGCACCUCUGUUGCCCCCGGAUGGCUCACUCCUACUUCAGCAACAACACAAGAAAAUACUUUUGCAUCCAAAUUCUCUUCACCUGUUUUUGAUUCUUCCAAUUCAUCACUUAAGUUUGCUUCUAAACCUACAUUGUGCUGGAAUUGCAAUGGCAUCACAAGUCAGACAUCCCAGCCGACCUCAACUGAACCAAGUACACAGCCUUCUCCCAAUCAGCCGAACCCGUUGUGCAUUCAAAAGACUGCAGGGGAGCUUGUGGAAACUCCCUAUUCAACACCUCAGGCGCUACAAAUCACAUCUAGCCAUCCUGAAUCUAUUAUUUCAGUUCAGUAUGGGAUUUCGUCUUUAUCAGUUUCUGACAAGGCAGCUCCAACAGGAAGAAGAUCCUCUCUCAUAGUUCGGCAUUCAUCUUUGAGUCGAGCUAAGAUGCCUACUCUAAGAUACAAUAAGGAUGCCAAUGUUUCAAAAGUUCCGUUUUUCACGGCUGGUGAAGGAAAGUCAACAGGAGGUGCAAAGAUGAACUUUGUAAUAUUUCCAAGAGAAAAUCCAAGGUCUUGGAUUCACCCCCCACAAAAAGAGUGUUCUGAAAGUCAUAGUCCAAAGACAUCUCCUGAUAUGGAGCAUACAUCUAUUACGCUCUGUGAGAAUGGAAAUGUCAUGGUAGAGACGUUUACUUCAGCUUCAACUUCCUCUUUGCAUAUAGAUACUUGCAUCCAAGAUGGUAAAUCCACACAAGUACACUCAGCCAAAGAAAGCCAAAUUGACACAUGUGAAGCAGUGGAUAAUAAACAUGACAUUGAUGUUGAUGCCACUAUGCCAAAGCUAAGAUCCAAGGAGUACUAUACAGAACCUACCAUAGAAGAAUUGACAGCAAAGGAAAAGGAGGAACCGGGCUUCUGCAGCAGUGUUCAAGAUUUUGUGAUCGGAAGGCAGGGUUGUGGUUCCAUCAAGUUUAUAGGCAAGACGGAUGUUCGGGGGCUUGAUCUUGAUGCUUUGGUCAAAUUCAACCACCGUGAGGUGAUGGUGUACAUGGAUAACGACAGCAAGAAACCUGAAGUUGGAAAAGGUCUCAACAAGCCUGCUGAGGUGACACUUCUUAAUCUACAGUGUGUUGACAAGAAGACGGGAAAGGUUUACAGAGAUGGACCGUUGGUUGACAAGUACAAGAAUCUGCUCAUAAGAAAAUCAGCUGAGCAAGGUGCAAAGUUUGUUUCUUAUGAUCCAGUGGAAGGAGAGUGGAAAUUUAAGGUCAAGCACUUCUGAAAUGUUUAAUGAUGAGUUUUAGACUUUUACAUGAGUUGUUCUUUUGAUUCUGUAUUGAAAAGGUGUAUAGGUUAUAAAGUCAUUUGGGUUACAUUUGUCAAUUUAAGUUGUGAAUUAUGAUGGUUGUUGGCUUAGUCCAUAUUUUGGCUUUGAUUGUUGGUUUAGACCAUAGUUUGGCUUUGGUUCUUCAAUUUGGUCUGUCUUGUACAUUAACCAACUUGAAAUUAUCUUUGAAGGUUAUAAUCUCCAUAGUGCUUCUAAACUGAUCUACUAAUCUUUAUUGUGCCUCUAAGAUAUCUUC